AUGUCUCCUAAUCUUACUCUCUACACCUUCAAAUUAUCUCUUUGGGCCGGUGUCCCUCGCUUAGCCAUCAAUGAACUCAACAUCCCCAACGUCAAGCAAGUUGAAGUGGAUCUUUCCAAAGCCGAGAAUUUCUCUCCCGAAUACCUGAAAAUCAAUCCUAACCACACUGUCCCCACCUUGGAGAUCGAUCAAGAUGGCAAGAAAUCUUAUUUGGAUGAUACCAAGUCUGUCGUCGAAUACUUGGACAAGUUGGCUGGUAACAAGUUGAGUCUUCCUGAAAAGAAGGCUGAAAUCGAUGCAUUUCUCAAGCACAUGCAUGAAGAAGCCGAUGUUGGUAAUCCUCUCUUCUUUACCUCUGGCAAUCAAGAAGAGCUCAAUGCUAAGCAAAGCGUUGUGCCUCCCUUCUUGGAAGGCCGUAUCAAGGGCUGGGAAACUUAUUUGAAGCAAGCUCCUGAACACGAAGCUCUUUACCAGAAGAACAUUGAUGAAACCAAAGACCUUUUGGAUUAUUACAGGAGCGGUAAGCCCGAGGAUAUGUUUGCUUUAAACAAGAAGCUUUGGGAAACUGCUCAGCAAUUCCUCGACCGUGCUGAAGAUUUGUUGAAGAAAAAUGGUGAUUAUCUCUUUGGUACCUACUCUGUUGCCGAUGUUCAUUUCACUGCCUAUCUCUUCCGCGAUCUCAUUGUCCGCAAGCCUGAACAAGUCUUUGAGAACCGCCCCAACUUGAAAGCCUAUUAUGAACGCCUUCAAGCUCGUCCUAGCUUCAAGAAGACAUUUGAAUAA